CCAGCGCUGCGGAGACAACGUGCAUGGAGAUUACAGUAAAUAAAAGCUAUAACUGUGAAGGUUUAGGACUGAGGGAGAUUCCUGAAAAACUGCCUGUCACAACUGAAAUCCUUGACUUCAGCUUCAACAUUCUCCCUUCCCUCCUGAAUUCAACCUUCUCUGAGCUGAAGUCCCUCCUCUACUUGGACCUAACAAGGUGUCAGAUCAACUGGGUGUACGAAGGUGCCUUUCACAGCAACAAGCAGCUGAAGACGAUCGUGCUGACUGGAAACCUGCUCAUGUUCCUGUCUGACACAGCGUUUGCUGGCCCACAGUCUCUGAAGCAGCUUGUCUUAACGCAGACAGGAAUAACCAGUAUGUCCUUUAUUCCAAUGACAGAUCUGGGCAGCUUGGAUACCCUCAUCCUGGGCAGCAACCACAUCUCUUCGCUGCAGCUUCCUCCCAACUUUCCCACUCAAAAUCUCAAAUACCUUGACUUUCAAAUGAACAACAUAAGAGCAAUCACAGCAGAAGAUGUCCAUGUUCUGCAGAAGACCAGCAAUAUAACUCUCAUCUUCAAAGGCAACGACAUUACGUACAUUGAACCAGGUGCUUUCCAGUCCCAUUUCUACACUUUGGACUUUGGGGCCUGCACUGACAUCCCUGCGAUCCUGGCAGGGAUACAGAACUCCACAGCCCAGACCCUUUGGCUGGGAACGUUUCACGGUGUGGAAAAGGAGCCCCACAUAAGCCCAGAUGUUUUACAAGGCCUCUGUAAUAUCUCUGUCAAGGAUCUCUAUCUGCAGUUACGGCACUUCAGAAACCUAAAUGCCAACACGUUUCAGUGCUUGACCAGGCUCCGAAAGCUGGACCUAACUCAAACCCACAUCAGUGCAUUGCCCCCCGGCAUCAGUGGCAUGAGCUUGCUAGCAGAGUUAGUUCUCAAUGCGAACUCCUUUGAGCACCUCUGCAACAUCAGCUCUGCCGCCUUCCCCUCCCUUACCCACCUCCACAUAAAGGGGAACUUGCAGGCCCUGGAGCUGGGCUCUGGCUGUUUGGAGAAGCUGGCAAAGCUUCAACAUCUCGAUUUAAGCAAGAGUCAUAUUGAAAGCUUUGACUGCUGUACCGAAGCACUGAGUGGUCUGAGCAGUCUUCGGUACCUGAAUCUGAGCCACAACAUAAAGCUCCACCUCCAAGAUGUGCUCCUUAAGGAUGGUGCUAACCUGGAGCUGCUGGACCUAGCUUUCACUGCUCUGGAUAUCAACACUUCACAGGGUCCUUUCCGAAAUUUGCAUCUCUUGCAAGUGCUGAAUCUUUCCUCCUCCCACAUUAAUAUGAGCAUUAAGCAGCUCUUUCAAGGCUUGGAAAACCUCAUGCUCUUGGAUGUUAGUCAAAAUAACUUUGAGUCGGGGAUCAUGACAAAGGACAACCUGUUCCAACAGCUAUCCAACUUAGAGAUGCUAAUCUUGUCAUCCUGUGAACUGACAGCAAUAGGCAGCCAAGCAUUUCACAGCCUCAAGAAGUUACGGCAUGUUGAUCUGAGCCACAACAAACUUACUGCGCUCAGCACAGAUGCAUUUGCAAACCUCAAGGGCAUCUAUCUCAAUUUUGCCUACAACAGGAUCCGUACUGUACCACAUGACAAACUAGCGUCCCUAGCUGGCCACUGUGUAAUCAAUUUAAGUUACAACCCUCUGGACUGCACCUGCUCCAAUAUUGGUUUCAUCACCUGGUACAAGCAGAAUCUGGAUAAAAUUGAAGACCCUGAAGGAACGAGAUGCUCUGAACCCAAAUUGCUAGCGGGGAUCAUUGCAGUUGUCCUGGCUGUUUUAUCCUGUGGUGCCAUCGUCAUUUGGGGUGCUCGCUAUUUCAAGCAAAAUUACCAGCAAAUAUAA